ACGGUGUUUCAUCAUCAUGGAUGUGGACAGGGCAACCUCCUGUACGCCACCAUUACCGGCGAUAGAACGUAUACCAGUGCAGCUGCUGGCCAAGCAGCAGCACCACCAUUUUUCACCGAUAAACAGAGCCACAGAGCAGGACAGGAAAAAGUCACCUCCAGCAGGUACGAAAGCACCAUCCAUCGAUCGGUACGACGAUGUUACGGAGGGGCGCAGCAAAGGGCCUGCAGCUGUGGCAAAGAAAUCAGAGUCGGCGGACGCUGGUGAUAGCUGUCGAGAUGAGAAGAAAAGGAAAAGCGACUCAAAAUCGAGUCGCGAUUCAAGCGCAUCGAAGGAACCGUUGAAAAACAAGCACCACAGUACCAGUGAUGCUCCCGAUUCAGAUUUGGCCAUAAAACCGAAGUCGAAAAGGAAAGGAAAACAACCGUCCCAAGAGCAGGACAAUGGCACGGAAGGUCAUCGCAACAGCCGCCGUCAUCAUCACCGGCGGAAAUCGAGCACCCGUGACGAGGAAUCGAUGAACGAUGGCGAAGAAGAACAGCAGCAAAGCAAUCAGUGCGCCAGCGAGCGGAAGAAAAAGAAGCCAAAAAAGGAACGGUCACGGUCUCGGGAGCAAAAAAAGAAACAUUCCCGUUCCCCGUCGCCCACUACUAGGCUGCGGGAAGAUGUGAGCAAACGCGAACACGAGCGCAGUAUUAGUCCGCUGAGAGAAUCUGGCUCACGCUGGGACCAUGGCCGUGGUGAGUUUGGUUUUAACAAUCGCAAUCGAAAUGCGUUCCACAGGGAACGGCGUCGCUUUGCGGAUGGGCAGCGUAGAAAUGGGCCAGCGUUCCUGCGAGUUCAGCGGGCCGCGUCGUUACGAAGCGAUCGGGUACUAUCGGCACUCAAGUACACCAAGGUUAGUCCGGUCAUAAGCUGGCAGGAAUGGUUGCUCUCGACGGAAGUGGCCAAAGAGAAAAAGGCUAAACAGUCGCCAGUCACAAAAAUACAGCCAAUUACACCGGCAAUAGCGGCCCUGCAGGAAUACGAUGAAAGCGAUGGUGUAGAAUCGUCAUCGUCUUCUUCUUCUUCACACAAAAACUCAUCUAAAAGCAUCGGAAAUCUUCGUAAUGCAUCGCCGGAACAGGAAAAGAUGUUAGCAAAACGGAUCAAGUUGGAAAAGGGCUCGAAUGAUGAGCAGGAGCAGGUCGACAUGAAGCAAGACAACCAAAUGCAAGUCGAUUGUAGUAUUGUGAAGCAGGAACCUCUCACAGAGGAAGACGACGAGCCAAAACUGACCGUAGAGAAGGAGGAAACCGUCAGUAAGACAAAACCGAAAUUCAGUUGCUCAUUCCUGGACGAUUUGUCCAGCGGAAAACUGAUGCCACUGCCCGAUCUUUCCCCGGACGUAAAGGAGCAUGUCGAUCGGAAUCGACGAGCCGAAAGUCAAUCCCCGGACACGGACGAUUACGCGUCAAACUGGGAAACGGAGGGACUCGGCAUGAGUCCAUCGAGACCGAGAUCACCUACACCACCGUUAAAGCCGGGUUGCUCCCCACGUACACCGGAAGCACAUGAUAGGCGCGAAACGAUGGAACUCGUCAACGGAACGCCGGAGGAAAAGCGUGCUCACCUAAAACCACGCAGUAUGCACGAGGAGAUAAUACCGUUGGAUGAUUUGCUUAACGUGCAGCAUCAGCUUAAAUCGUACCAAUCGAAGCUGGAGGAAAUGCAAAAGUUGAAGGUGCUGCGGAAGCGUGAUUCACCUCCGGAUGGGAAGCUUGCGGAUGAGUAUAAAAAUUUCAUGCAAUCGCUUGGACAGGAAGGGGACGGAGAGAAAAGGGAGGUGGCGAGUGACGAUUCCAGUUCGAGCAGUUCGUCGAGCAGUUCAAGCAGUUCAUCAUCCGAUUCGUCUAGCUCGUCGGAUUCGUCCAGCUCAUCCGAAACGGAAUCCUCAAGUUCCAGCUCCUCCGAUACAGACACGGAUCAAGAGUCCGAUGUGGAAAAAGAGUCGCUUGCUAAGGACAUUCUGGAGCAUCCGCGGACCGAUCUGGAAGAACCGUGUACACCUCCACACCGACCGAACCUCGUCGUACCGGACUACCUGCUUGCGAACGCUUCCGACCCGUCGCAGACGUCGUCUUGUACGAAGAUUUACUACAUCCGGGAUGAUUCAGUUUCUACCGAAGCCACCCCAGCCAAACCGCUCGAACUGGAUCGGGAGACGCCAAUCAAAUUGAAACUUCCCUCAAAGAACAGAAUUCUACCGGCAUCCGGUGCUUCGGCCCUGCUUGGGCACGAAGAGGAUGAAGAUCUGGCACGCAAACCGGUAGCCACCGAACAACAAUUGGUCAAACAACAUUCGCACCAUAGCAAGGAACAAAUCAGAAGAACUUCUCGCGAAAGAUCGCACAAUCGGAAGCGUAGCUCAUCAAGACGCCGUUCCCGUGAACGCAGUGUGGAUCGGAAAUCGCGCGAACGAUCGUCGCGUAAGCGUCAUUCAUCACGAAGUCCACCGUCGUCGCAUCGUACCCGUACGCGCAGUAGUCCACGAGGAAGCAGAAAGCGAUCGUUGUCGAGAUCGAGGUCACGCUCGCGGUCACGUUACCGCAGUCUAAGCCCAUCGCAACGUCGUCCACCGAGUCCGCGAGGGCGCAGUCCAGUGGGAAGGAACGCUGGCCAGCGUUCACGGCGACGCUACUCCGUCGAUCGGUACACUACCACCGGUCCGGGGCAUAGGCGUCCACCAUCGCCGAAAGAGGCCCCACCGCCAAUGUUGACGCACGGUGCGGAGAAUCAGAUCGACAUUAUCACCAGCACGGGCGUGCGGGUAUCGCCCAACGUUCACUCGCCCGUGACCGGGUACAAGAAAAGUUUGGCCGAUUCGACCAUAAGCGACGCGGAGCUGGAAUGUCAAAAGCCACUGUACUCCAAGCCUGGUGGAUACGCUUCCUACUACGGUGCUUCCGGUGAGAUUCUUCACGAAUCACCCGGAACCGGUGUCUUUGGAGGUCCGUCAUCCAAAGCGGAUGGCGGUGAGGAUGGUUCACCCAAACGCAUCCCGCUUGAUGAUCGUAUCAAUAACAUUGUGCUUGGAAUAAAUGGCCAACUGGAUGGGAAGCAGCAGCAUGCGUCACAGCAACCACCAUCUGGAAAGCAUCAUCCCCAUCACAUGCACCUGCAUCAGCAGCAGCACCAUGAUUAUCACGGUGAAUAUGGUCCUGCUUCCCAUGAUAUAUACUCCCGGCAUCAGUUGUCAUCGUCACCUCACAUGAACUACUCGGGUGGCUAUGGUGGACCGGAGUAUGGCGCGCCACCCCCGUACGGCUAUGGACCACCAAGGGGUCCUCCUGGCAGCAGCAGCACCACCGCCACCACGAGUCCUUACUAUCCUGGCAAUCGGCCUGGACCACCGCCAUCCUGGGCACCCCGGAGUCACCCGUACCAGGGUUACCCGAUGGCGUUCGUAGGUCCACCGCUGAACGUCGUUCGGCCAGGUGAUCCGUACCGAAUACCGUACACCAGCACACCAGUUGCCGGUGCACCAUCAGACGUAUCCAGUUCCAAAUCUCAGGUCAAACAGGUAGGCAACGUUCUCGAAAUCGUUCCCUCCAGUACGCCACUUCUCGCUUCCACCGCAAAGGCCACCGAAGGUGGCAGUGAUCCAUCCACUGCUACAACGCCGGGUGCAGUACUACAGGAAUCAUCCGCCGGAACCGGAGCCGACCAGCAGCAAUCUUCCGCCACCGGCGGUUCAUCCGCUUCGGCGCUCGUGACACCAAAAAUUUUGUCCGCCGAAGAGCUGCAGCAGCGUCACGAGCGUCGCGUCGAGCUAAAGCAAAAGGUACGCACCGAGCGGGAGAAAAAGCGUGUGGAAAAGCGUCAGCGAAAGGAACGACUUCGGCAGGAAAUUACUCGUCUGCUUGGUUCGAAGAUGAUUGCCGGGUCCUCGCUACUAACGGUGGCGACAUCGAUCGGUGGUGAGAGUGGUACGAACAAUCGAACCGGCACGGCGGCAGGUGAUUCGAUCGGAGGCGGGAUGGUUCCUGGUACGGGUGCGGGUGGCAUCGGUGGUGGCGGCGGCAGUGCCUCAUCCGAUGAAGAGUUCGAAACCAUCAAACAGGCGGAUCUGAUCGCAUCGCUCGGUCGAUCGUACGAAAAAAGUAUUCUCAAAACGGCCAAACCGAACGUAGUCGGUGGUGUGAGUGGUUCGACUACGAUGAAAAAGUCAGUACUGUUUGCGGACGGUGUAGCACCCGGUGAUGAGACGUCUUCUUCUGGGGAGGAUACCACUAAACCGGACCGCACGUCGCCGAACAAACUGUCCACGGCGAAGCAGCGGAAAAAGAUGCGCCGUCAGCGUACUCUCAAAUUCGCUGGCAAGAAGCGGCUGAUCGAUAGGUUAAAACAGCCGGAACAGGACGAGGAAGCGGAAGACAUCGAUCCCGACCUAGAGAAUCUUCCUGCACCACCGCCUCCACCCGGUUCGCCGCCACCCGAACUUCAGCAACCACGCUGUCUCAAUCCACCCAUCGUUCGUAUGAUCGAUUUUCGCGAAGGUGGUUUCCAUGGCAUUGGUUUGCCUCUGCCCGGAAUGGCACCACCGACGAUGCAUCUGCCCGGUGCAAAUGGAGCCUCACUAGCGGGGCUACCGCCACCACUGCCAGUACCACCGGUUACGAUGUCAGGUCCGGUUCCAGUCCCCACACUGUCGGCCGGCUACCGGCAUCCGAAUUUACCGCCGCAUCACAUGCUCCCACCGCAUCUCGGUGCACAGCGGCCGGCAUCACCACACGGCACACUACCGCUACACCAUCAUCCCCAUCCCAUCCCGCCACCUUCCCACCAUCUGUACCAUCAUCCCGGGCAUGGACCGCUACUAGUGCCGCCACCACACCUUGGUGUUUAUCCACCGCAGCAAACGUUGUCGUCAUCGUCGGCACUCAUCACGAUCACCAGUGGCAAAAAGCGUCCUGCCGGCGGUACCGUCGGUGGGAAUGGUGUUCAUCCAAUCGAAUCAAUCGUGUCCAACGUACCCACGCCUACACCGAUGGCCAGCAGCAAUACAGUCGGCGGCGGUGGUGGUGGUGUGAAUGCAAUGUUCGAUGGAACGCCACCGGCGUGA